UUUCGGAUUUAAGCGGUAAGCUAAAAACCUAGUUCGUCCAUCGCAUUUGCGGCUCGAUAGCGCACGGAUUCGCGGUCCGGGAGCUCUAUUCAAGGAUGAAUCGAUGCGCAUUGGAUCGAGAGCAGCGUUUCCCGCCGGCGGUGACGCGGGGCCGCGGCCAUCGGCAGCAGCGGAGGUUUGUUUUCCAGGUUUUCUGCCAGAUUCCAGACCCGCGGCAAUGGCGAGGGCCGCGCGGCAAGAUCAUCGCUAAUCCAUUCUCGCUCGACGGCAUCCGCGAGGCCAGGCUCGACAUAUUUCGGUGGAUUGCGAGCGUUCCCGAGUGGGCCGACGCGCAGAAGGAGCAAAAUAUGCCCAAUCGCCGCGCCUUCUACUCCAACAACGACUGGCUGCGGCACAGGAGCUCCCUCCGCCACGCCCGCCAUAUGGCCUCGACGUUCUCCUCCCGGGUUAUCAUCUCUUUGAUUCCCCCGGUCUUCACAGUCACGGGGAUUUCGGUGCUGGUCACGCUCUACAACGCUCUCGUGGAAUCCAGGUGGGCGCCGGGGUUUCUUCCAGUGCUCCACGCGCCAUCGCUGCCUUACGAGCUCACUGCCCCGGCAUUGGCUCUUCUCUUGGUGUUUAGGACCGAUACGUCCUACUCGAGGUAUGACGAGGCCAGGAAGACGUGGACCGAGGUGAUCAGCAGCACCAAGAAUUUGGCGAGGCUGACUGAGGCUUGGAUCCACAACGAUGAUCUCAUGCGGUAUAUCGUGGCUUUUCCACUGGCUCUGAAGUGUCACCUUAUCAUGGGAUCCGACAUGGAGGCCGAGUUGAGGAAAGUCUUAGACGAGCGGGAUCUCGCGUUUGUUCUCAAUGCCAAGCACCGGCCGAAUUGCUUGCUCCAGAUGAUCUUCCAGAUCAUCGAUGGCUUGAGCCUGGGAGAAACACAGCAAGUUCUUCUGCACGAAAACAUCUCCACCUACAACAGGAGCGUGAGCGUGUGCGAGAGGCUCAUCCGGACUCCCAUUCCUCUCUCGUACACUCGCCUUACGUCCAGAUUUCUCAUACUGUGGCACCUGGGCCUCCCCAUUGCGCUGUGGGACACUUGCAACUGGCUAGUCAUCCCCUCCACGUUUUUCAGCUCCGCAGCUCUCUUUUGCAUCGAAGAGGUGGGAGUUCUCAUCGAAGAACCAUUUCCAAUGCUGGCUCUCGAUAGAAUGUGUGAGGUGGCCCUCCUGAACAUCAAAGAAAUGACCGAGCUCCACGCUAAAGUGGGCCGACAUAUCCAAACCCAGCCCGAGGAACAGCAGCAAACAAACGGGCGUCUAAGAACUUAAGACCACGCAAACACCGACUAGAGAAACAAAGAAACCAUAUAUAUAAUCGAGACACGGCAGAGCUGACUGUAACGAUACAAGGCCGCCAAUUUACAAUACGGCAGCGUGGGCACCUAUAGAGGGAGAGCAAAAUGGAAAGUUAUUCACCACCAAACCAUCCGUGGAAAAUCACACAAAAAAUUUUCAAAA